AUGCCUCUCGAUCCUAUGGAUGUUAUGUGGUAAGUUUGCCUAUUUGAAAAAAAAAACACUGUUUGAGUUUCAUUCAAACUUUUUUCAAUUUUUCAAUACAAUCCCCGAAAUGUUGGUAGACGAGCAAAAUAAUGUUCAACUAAACUUGAAUAAAAUUAAAAAAAUGAAAAAAAUCGAAAAUAAUUGAAUUUCGCCCUGCUGGCGAAUCCAAUUAUUUUCUUCUUUUUUUCCUAUUUGUGUUUUUGUCUGGGAAUGCGGUUGUGAAUGCCUCUGUGAUUAUUGGUACAAAAAUAACAUUUUCAAGAGUCUGAAUUAAUGUGGAAAAGUGGUUGAGACAACUGGAUCAUCGGUCAGGGGGUAGUGUUCAGAAAACUUGUCGUUUUCCAUUAAACAGUAGGAAGAUUGAUCUCCCACUAGGUUACCUUAGCUGUCCGUGGGUGGACCAAUCGUCUUCAGUUCGAAAGCGAGGAACUUUUCGGUUUGUGAUCCUCAGUUGUUGACUGACUACCGUCACUCUGUUGAUCAGAUCUGCAAGCUGAGAUCUUCUCCGCAAACAAAUGUGUGUAUCAAUGCUUGAACUUCAUAAGACAUAUGUAAAAAUCGUUAUCACAAGGAAAUCAUUUUUUGCCGGUAACAAGUAGUUCAUAGUCAACUCACAACUUAGGUUUCGUAAAGGCACAGAAGUCGAAGUUUACUUUAUGUAGCUUAGAAAAUGUCUCCUCUCUGCAAAACCCCAAUUUGCGCUGGUUUCAGACAAAACCCCACAUCGAGACAUUUCUCAAUAUUUGAAGAGCAAACUUUCUGUCGAACACUAAAAUAACUACUCUUUAAGAUUUGAACAAAAAUAGGUCAAUAAAAUUGUUAUUCUUCAAAAUUCGAAUGUCUUACUGUGUGAGCGACAGAAAUAUCUCGAUGUGUCUGCCUUGUUUAUGCGUAAAAGCAGCGUCAGAAAAAGAGCGCCCAGGCCAGAGAGCGUAGGACCACGCAGAGAGGCCGUCGGCUGCAAAAAAUUGUUUUCGACUUGGAGGCCUUCACAUGAUGUCCUUUUCGAACCCUCUUAGACGGAUGCACAAGGUUGAAGAAUAGAGACAAAGAGGGCGAGAUUAGUAGAGAAUUUUGUUUUUCUCACCGAGUGGGUAUAAAUAAAGCCGCAAGAGCGCGGCCGAAACAUCCGCAAUCCCAGCCAAAGUGAACCAAGUCCUCAAACAACGACGAAACUCUUCCAGGAUGUCCAAGGCUCCCACCGUAAGUGAAUUGGUUGUUGAGUCGAACGUCACGUUCAAACCGGUGUUGCCAAGCGCCGCAAACGGACCUGUGAGUCCUAUGCCGGCCGCCACCGCUGACGACUCUGUACGUUCCUUCUUUUUUUUCUUGGAAGUCGCUGGUCGACCUCAGUUUAACUCUCACUUGCGAGUUUGAACGUGAAUGGAAUUCAUAGUUACAAGAGGAAGACAUUUUAUAGAUUUUUCGCAACUUUUUCUCGAAGAGUCACUAAAAGAACAUUUCCGUCAUCAUUUUAAAGCAUUUUUUGCAUUAAAAUAGAAUGAACCAUCCGAAUAAUUUAUAACAAUCUUAAAAACAUCUUCUGACUAUGGUUUCUCAAACUUCUGAAAUUCUAAGAACUAUAAAAUGAAAAUGGCAUUCAGGUUCGCCCAGAUUUUGAUACGGACGUCCUCUGGAAGCCGAGAACUCGCUUGAUGCACAAAAAAGAGCGUACCAUUUCGAUGGACUCAACUGAUUCUGAAAUGUAUGGCGCUCGAAAGAUGUCGCUGAACGAGUCUAUUGGCUCAGCGAGGUGGUUCUUUUUUCUUUGCCUUUAGAGGAAACUAGGAAAAAUCAUUCACUUUUCAAAAAGCUAUGGUUUUGUUCAAUUCAUGUUGAAGCGACAAAUAAGACGACGUGCAGGCUUUUCAGCCCGCAGCCACCGACGUCGCCGGUCGAGGCGCAGCCGCGCCAGCGCCGCAUGUCCAUUUCCGAGAUGUUGUUCGGAUCUUCGCCGUCGAGUUUCUCUUGGGGAAUUUCUACCACUCAGACCACCGAACAGCCCACCGACCGAAAGCUCUCAAUCAGCGAGGUUCUUUUUAGUUUUUUUUUUCGAUUUAAUUUCUGCUUUUUUCCUUCCGAAUAUUUCUAAUUUCAUCUUCUCAGGACCCGCGAUUCAAGGACUUCAUGAAGCACCAAAGCAAAAUACUCGGAGACGGUUGGUUUUUUUUUCCGUACGAAGCUUGAUAGACAAAUUAGUCCAGAGCUCAUUGGACUUGAAAUACUUUUUGAACUCAGUUUUCUAAGUUUUGUUCCGAGUAUGUUUAUCGCCAAUUUUUCUUAUUUUUUUCAUUUUUUUCAGAUGGCAUCUCCGGGGGAUUCAAGCGUCGCGACUACAUGCACGACUAG